AUGAAAGGCGGAUUCAACCUACGCUCAUGGAAUUCAAAUAGUCCAAAAUUACAAGAAAUCGCUAGCAAAGAACAAACCUUAGACAAAGAUGAGCUUACUAAAAUUAUUGGUAUGCAAUGGAACGCUAAAUCGUACAAGCUGUUUUAUCAAAGUAACACGUUCGAGAUGGACAAAAAAGGAAAACUGACUAAAAGAUAUGUUUUACGGCAAUCAUCCAAGAUUUUCGAUCCGUUAGGACUAUUAAGCCCAGUUACUGUAAAAGCGAAAAUCUUUAUGCAAUCACUUUGGAAGCUAAAUUUGGAUUGGGACGAAAUAUUACCGGAAGAUAUCCAAUCAAAAUGGAUAUUAAUUUCACGAGAUCUAGCAUCGAGCUUAGAAACAGAGAUUCAUCGAAGUACUCAAACACAGAACGAGAAUAACAGAAAUUCACCAACUCUUCAUGUAUUUACCGAUGCUUCAACUCAUGCGUACGGCGCAUGCGCGUACAUCUUGUAUGACAGAAAACCAACAAUAGUAAUGGCAAAGAAUCGAGUUGCGCCUAUCAAGACUAUAACUUUACCAAAAUUAGAGCUUAUGGGGGCUGUAAUUGGAGCAAGACUUGCUGAUCAUAUCUGCAAAAACUUUCCAGAAACUUUCAGUGAAAUACAAUUUUGGAGUGAUAGUCAAAUCGUACUUAGUUGGCUUUCAUCCGUAAAACAACAGAGACAAUUUAUCAAAAACAGAAUUGAAGAAAUUAAAAGUUUGUGUGGAGAUAAUAUAUGGAGAUACUGCCCUACGAAAGAAAAUCCCGCAGAUCUACUUACACGUGGUAUAACAUCUGAAGAACUGCAACAGAACGAAAUAUGGUUUAGUGGACCUAAAUGGUUAAACAGCAAAGAAGAUUGGCCGACAUGGAACGGAAAUAACGUAACGUCUAGUGUAUGUACAACUGUGUCGGAGAACGAUGACAAAAUUGAGUCUAUGGAGAAAAAUCAAAAUGUAUGUAUUGGUAUAGGAGAAAUCAUAGAUAUUGAACGGUACAAUUCUUAUAGAAAACUAACCCGCAUUACCGCAUAUGUAAUGAGAUUCGCAACAAACUGCAGAGCAACGGAAACCGAACGAAAGAAAGAUUUGUUACGUAGUGAUGAAAUUGAAAAUGCAAAAUUCCUAUGGAUAAGAUAUACACAAGGUAAAAUAUUUAGUGACGAAAUAAAUUGUAUAGAUAAUUCUACAAAACGUAAAACACUUGUGCGACAAUUAAAGCUCUUUCUAGACGAAAAGCAAUGUUUACGAUGUGGUGGCCGCCGAAUAGACAAUGCGACAGUAGGAGAAACAGUCAAGUUUCCAUAUCUGUUACCGGCAAAGGACCGUCUCACACAUUUGAUAGUGUUAGAAGCACAUGAGAACACACUACAUUCAGGAAUAAAUAUCACUCUAGCAUACAUACAACAAACAUUUUGGAUUCCGAAAUUAAGACAGUGCGUGAAAUCUAUAUUGUCGAAAUGUGUAACGUGCCGAAAAGUAAUCGGAAAAUCUUAUCCCACACCAGAAAUUCCACCAUUACCAAAAGAGAGAGUUCAAGAUGCCACACCCUUUAGCAUCACCGGUGUAGACUUCACAGGUGCGUUAACGACAAGAAACAGACACAACGAAGAAUCGAAGGUUUACAUUUGCCUAUUUACAUGUGCUGUCACUCGAGCAGUACAUUUGGAAUUAGUUUACGAUCUCAGCGAAGAAUCUUUUUUAUUGUGUUUCCGGAGAUUUGUAAGUCGACGAUCAGUGCCGAAAAUAAUGAUGUCAGAUAAUGCGCUAACAUUUAAAGCUGCUUCAAACGAAAUUUCACGACUUUGCAAUUCUAGAAAAGUUAAAGAAAAUAUUCAGAAUUAUGGCAUUGAAUGGAAAUUCAUCCCAAAUAGAGCUCCAUGGUUCGGAGGCAUGUGGGAAAGAAUGAUUGGCUUAACAAAAAUAUCACUUAAGAAAAUAUUAGGACGUGCACAUGUCAACGAUGAGACUCUAAGGACUGUAUUAACAGAGAUCGAAGCCACACUCAACGAUCGACCAGUGACGUAUAUUUCAACAGAUAUAAGAGAUCCGGAACCGCUUACACCAUCCCAUCUUAUACAUGGACGAAGAAUAACAACUUUACCGUAUGUAUCGUCUUAUAGUGCUAUUGACAAUCUAAAUGUUUGUGAAUUAACACACACAAACUUGAACAAUCAAGCGAUACGACAGAGACAAUUGAUUGAGAACUUCUGGACAAGAUGGAAAGGAGGAAUGUUCUCACGAUCAUCUUUCAUGUGA